AUGGAGGCCGCGCCCGGCCCGCAGGAGAAGUAUCAGCUCGUCACGCGCAACCUGCAGGAGGUGCUGGGCGAGGAGAAGCUGGCGUCCAUCCUGAAGGAGCGGGAGCUGAGGAUCUACUGGGGCACGGCCACCACGGGCAAGCCGCACGUGGCCUACUUCGUGCCCAUGUCCAAGAUCGCGGACUUCCUGAAGGCGGGAUGUGAGGUGACGAUUCUCUUCGCUGAUCUCCACGCUUACCUAGACAACAUGAAGGCGCCCUGGGAGCUGCUGGAGCUGCGCACCCGCUACUACGAGCACGUGAUCAAGGCCAUGCUGGAGAGCAUCGGAGUGCCCCUGGAGAAGCUCAAGUUUGUCCGGGGCACCGACUACCAGCUCAGCAAGGAGUACACGCUGGACGUGUACCGCCUCUCCUCCGUGGUCACGCAGCACGACGCCAAGAAGGCGGGCGCCGAGGUGGUGAAGCAGCUGGAGCACCCCUUGCUCAGCGGCCUGCUCUACCCGGGCCUGCAGGCCCUGGACGAGGAGUACCUCAAGGUCGACGCGCAGUUCGGAGGAGUGGAUCAGAGGAAGAUUUUCACCUUUGCGGAGAAGUAUCUUCCCUCUCUGGGCUAUGCCAAGCGCAUCCACUUGAUGAACCCGAUGGUUCCUGGUCUAACAGGCGGCAAAAUGAGCUCGUCAGAAGAGGAAUCAAAGAUCGACCUCCUAGACCGCAAGGAGGAUGUAAAAAAGAAGCUGAAGAAGGCCUUCUGUGAGCCAGGAAAUGUGGAGAACAAUGGUGUCCUCUCCUUCAUCAAACAUGUCCUCUUUCCUCUGAAGUCAGAGUUUGUGAUUCUGCGAGAAGAAAAAUGGGGCGGAAACAAAACCUACACAGCCUACGAAGCCCUGGAGAAGGACUUUGCUGAGCAGGUCGUUCAUCCCGGGGACCUAAAGAACUCGGUGGAAGUGGCCCUGAACAAACUGCUUGACCCCAUCAGAGAGAAAUUCAACAACCCGGAGCUGAAGAAGCUGAGCAGUGCCGCCUAUCCCGACCCAUCCAGAGCCAAGCACGCAGAGAAGGGCACCAAGAACUCGGAGCCGGAGAAUGUGGUCCCAUCCCGGCUAGACAUCCGCGUUGGCAAAGUGAUCAGCGUGGAAAAGCAUCCGGACGCGGACAGCCUGUAUGUGGAGCAGAUCGACGUGGGCGAGCCCGAGCCCCGCACCGUGGUCAGCGGCCUUGUGCAGUUCGUCCCCAAGGAGCAGCUGCAGGACAGGCUUGUGGUGCUGCUCUGCAACCUCAAGCCCCAGAAGAUGAGGGGUGUGGAGUCGCAGGGCAUGGUGCUGUGCGCUUCCAGUGUCGGGGAGCCGCGGCAGGUGGAGCCCCUGGACCCGCCGGCCGGGAGCUGCGCUGGCGAGCGCGUCUACGUGGAGGGCUACGAGGGCGGCGAGCCCGACGACGAGCUCAAGCCCAAGAAGAAGGUCUUUGAGAAGCUGCAGGCCGACUUCCGCAUCUCCCAGGACUGCGUGGCCCAGUGGAAGCAGAGGAACUUCCUGACCAAGCUGGGGAGCAUCUCGUGCAAAACGCUGAAGGGGGGGAGCAUCGGCUAAGGGGCGUCGGGGCCGCCGCUCGCGCCUCCCGCCGGGUCCCUGCGCUGCCCCAGCCAGGCUGCCCUCCCUGGCCUGCCACGUCCCUGCUCACACAGCGCCCUGAGCAGGGGGCUCGGCCCUGAGGGACCCAGCGGGGCGAGGGCUGCAUUUGUGACCCCCCUCCCAACCCCUUGCAAGACGGCGAGGCCGCCUCGGGAGCCGCCUUCGCCACCCCUCGCCCUGGGCCUGCUCUGGGGGAACCCCUGUUCUGGAGACUUGGGGUGUCACCACGGCUGAGGGAGCUGUGUGACACGUGCUCCGUGUCCCCAAGCUCCUGCCAUUCCUGCCUCGGGGACAGGGCUGCGGGGGGAAGCAAGGAGGGUCAAAAGGGAAGGCCGCUUGCUUGAACUUGUGUUGCUGCUAACGGGGCUGGGGGCGACUGCCUGGCACCCCCUGCCCACCCAGGCCAGGCCGCUGCUCGUGCUGCU